AUGUCCAGAUCCUUCGGCCUUCUGUUUACAAAGGCUUCAGGAAAUGCCGACUCCAGUGACGCUGACAAAGGCGUCGGUAUUGGUGCCCCACAGUCAAUGUCUAUGGCAGUCCGAGAUGAGUACUCAGAUAUAGAAGAGUCAGACGAUGAGCCAGCUGCCGAACCGCUCCAAGAGCCCGAACAGCCUAGUGGGUCACAUGUGAAUCAAUAUGGUAUUGGUGCCACUCUCCUUAUGAAGAUGGGGUAUAAACAAGGCCAAGGUUUGGGUGCAAAGCAGGAAGGUAUAGUGAACCCUAUUGAAACAAAGCUACGGCCUCGAGGCUUGGGUGUUGGUGGAAUUCACGAAAAGGCUGGUGAUGAGGUGACAAAGGAAGUUCAACCAGAUAACUUUGUUCGAACUGAUGCUGGUCGAGCGGUUGAAGUUCUUCGUCGUAAGUACUCCAGUCUUGUGCAGAAGCUUGGUACCAGAGGUAUAAAAAUGCAUUCUCGGUAUGAGGAUCUCUUAAGAUUGGAUUUGACUCAAGAAAGUUCUUUUAGCGAUACAAAUGCCUCAUUACUACGACAAGCGUACGAUGCGCUCAGUCGGUUCGAAACAGACUUGACGUCGCUAGAGGCAAACAUACGGCUAGAAUCAGAAGAGAGCAAAACUUUCGAAACAGAGACAAUUGAUAACAUUCAGGCAAUUGAAAGCGGCCAAAGUCUUGAACUUAUUCUCGAAGACUACAAUCAGCAGCAAACAAAAGAGGCUGCUACCCAAUGCGUACAACAGAUUUUACAGAUGAAACACCGCCCUGAAGUUGUCCUGCCUCAUCUUUUGCUAACCAUUUUACUGCAACAUCUUCCUGCUGACUUAGAUCCAACUGAUCCUGAUCUUAUCAAGUGGUGCUCGCUUAUGAGAGAGAUUGUUGUGCAACUGUCAAUCCAUCUCGGUGAGUGGGAUCUCUUGAUUUUCAAUGGUCUUAAGCCAAAGAUUGAGAUACUAUUAAAUGAAGGCAGUUUUGAUGCAUUGAACGAUCUUAUAUCUGUAUGGGAUGAGUCGCCCGCUCUCAUGGAUUGUUCCCUUUUCAAAAAAUCGAUAUUCGACCAAACGCUCGGUCCAUUUAUCGAGGAAGAUGUUAGAAGUUGGGAUAUUCUAAGGAGUAAGGACUCCAAAUUACAUCUUAUUAACCUAGUUGUUCAUAUUGGUCUUGAUGUGAGUGUCAUUUCAGCAACUUUUAGACCUCUCGAACAGCGUUUCGAGGAGCUCAUUAAAACGGGAAGUGAUCUUUGGACAAAGGCACAAAAAGCAAGAGACAUCAGGGAUUUCUAUGAAACCACUAUAAAGAGUCUUCUUUUCAAAUAUGGUGUGUGGUCGGACGUUUUUUCGCUUUGGACUUCAAAAUCUCUGUUCCACGAUGAACUCGUCAAAGCCAUUACGGUACACAUUUACGAACAAUUCAGCCAGGCGGGUCCUGACUCUAAUAAAAAUCUAAUAUGGGUACUUCUACAGCUAAGGUAUGAUGAAAAAGUGAUCCUGGAAAGUCAGCUUGAGAUAAUUCUACAGUUCUGUGUCUUCAACCCGUGGUUACGUGAGCUUUCGAAGUUGUUACAAGGAAAACGACAAUUGAUAAAAGACUGGUUUUGUGACAAACAGUCUUGGUUUGACGAUACUUGCAAAGAUUUUCCCAUAAAUGGUCUUUUGCUUUGGUUCUUCAACACCUGUUUGGAAAAGAUUAGCGUCUACACCAAAACAGGUCGCUUGGCUUUAGGUGGUCUACCAAGCAUAGACGAGAAUGCUUUCCCUAGCAUUGACAAGAUUCUUCGCCUUGUUCAAGGCAAUGGCACAUCUGGCUCUACUGAUGUCAGGGCUCUACGUCUGUCGCAACUUAUGGCGGUUUUUAGAGAUGUGGUAGCUGAUUUCUGCUUCAAGAAUGGUAUUGGCUUCCUCGCGACCACUCAUAGAGACGCUUCAAUGAACAAGCUCUAUCAAUUGACACUCCGCAACGGCAAAAAGAAAACCUGUUUCAUAAGUGACGAUGUUUUAUGGGUCGAGCACCAAAAUAGAUACGAACCCACUAGCGUCUAUGACUUGGUCAACUUGAAAGUUUCCAAGUUCAUUGAUGACAUUGGCAAAGAAGAUACCAAGGCAUCCCAGAAUACAUUGAAGACAGUGCGUUGGAUGGGAGCCAUUACAGUUAUUACAGUUUGUUGUUCAUUGUUUUGGGCAAGUUCGAUGUCAGCCCCAGUGAAGGAGAAGGAAGUCGAUCUUGGCGACUUGACCAAGGAUAUACGGCAUGAGAAGGACUAA